AAAGAUAAAAGGGUUCGCGGCUUUCCUCAUUUGAUCUGCCUUAUCCGUCCAGGUAACACUUACAAUGGCUUUCGAUUACUAUUAUUUCAUCCUUCUUAUUGUUGGCUUUCAGAGCUUGCUAGCGAUGCAAUGCCACAGAUUUUGAAUAAUAUGCACAUACCGGAUGUGACCGUUAGCUCAGCUACCAUAUCAAAGAUACACAUUAAUCAUGUAGAGAAGCCAACGAUUCAGGCAAAAUUCCUUCGAGACAGAGGUAAGCGUGUAUUAUUCUCUUUCAGGAUCGAACCUCAACAUCUCCCCAAGCCGUUCAAGAAAAUUGCUAGCAUGAUGUGUUCAAAAUGCUUCCUGGAAAUUUCUGCAAAUCUCACAGAACAGCCACGGGUCGAGAUCAAUGCUAAGCAAGGAGCUCGAGUUCAACUAGCCGGUGACGUACUUCUCCAGUUUCAAGGGCGUGAAGAGUUAUACAAUUUGAUCAAUGCUUCUACAAGACUUCAUGUUACGUUGAAACCGACUAUCAGACAUUCACGACUAUAUGGCGAUAUCGCUCUCACUAAUGUCGAUGUCAAAGUAUAUGACUUAGCAGUUGGAGGAGUCCUAUCGAAACCUAUUGAGAAACUCGUCUCUUUCAUCGUUCCACGAGUGCUAUGGCCUCAAGUCAAGAAACGAAUCCGCUUUGCAUGGAACAGAAGAGGUAUUCAACUGCCAGUACUGUGCGGUGUUGAACUUGAACAUCUAUCCUUGUCCUACAUCGAUCGAGCCGCUGUAAUCAAUACCGAUUUCCGAUUUGAUCUACCAUUGUUUGUACGAAAAUUUAAGUUGUAUCUUAUUCAAAAGUCAAUGACAUUUCGAGGUAUUCCCACAUAUGUUGAGAUCUAG